CACACCCACUGGAUCAAACCAUGUUUUGCCGUAUUUAAAAGUUGAAGUCAAUUUCCACUACAGCUAUCUACACGCGCUCUUCCAAGUUCAGUUUACUAAAAAGCUUGUUGAGUAAAUUAGCUCAGUAACCUGGCUUCAGCGACCACCAGGCCACACUUCGAGGAAAGAUGUCUACCAUCCGAUUUGGAUCAACUUGUAGUCCUUCGAAGACUACUCUAGCUGAGACAUUGCCACGCUGGAACGAUGAAGGGGAGAAGGCUGAUCCAGAAGAUGCCUGUGAUCCAAAUAAACUCCUUCAGUGUCCAUACGACAAGAACCAUCAGAUCCGUGCCUGCCGCUUUCCAUACCAUUUGAUCAAGUGCAGCAAAAACCACCCUAAACUGGCCAGUGAAUUAAAAACGUGCCCUUUCAACGCCCGCCACCUGAUGCCCAAGCAUGAGCUUUCACACCACAUUGCUAACUGUGUUGACAGAAUAUCUGUGAAUGCAGAAGACUUGGGCAGCGCUGAGGUGCAGAGCAAAUGGCAGGUACCUGUUAGCACCUGGACGAACACCAACUGUGAUGAGGACUGGGAUAAAGAAGCUGAUAUUUCUUCGGUGCCUUUCGUAUGGGGAGUGUCCACAAACCUGAUCAGUCAGAACAGGACUGAGCCAUGCACUACAAAUAAUCUUACUCCUGGACUCCGAGCUCCAAGAACUCUGCCCUGGAAAAUGUGACUGACAAAGGGCAGAAUGAAAGACAAAAGUUGGAAGUCAAGAGGCUAUCUUGCAGUUAAGUUUUAUAUCAUAGAUGCAUGUUUUAUUAUCUCACUUUGACUUGAUUAUGGACACAUUUGAGAAAUCCCAUUUUGUUUUACUAUAAAUGCAUGCUUUGUAACCUAACCUUAGACAUGGUGAUUGGGGUUUGUGUCCCCUUUUUUGUUAUUAAAAGGCUUUUUUGCAGAAGUGUUUCCCUAUACUAACUCUGCAUGUAGGCUGUUGAUGUACUGUAUGUUCCUGAUGCCCUACUGCAGAUGAAUAUAUUCUCACUGUAUUGCACAUAUCAGAUAUCUUCAAGAUGCUCAUUAUGCUGACUGUAAAGUUGAUUUAGCCUCAUAAUGAAUCUUGCUUUGAUCUUU